UGACAGCUUGAAGGUUAAGUAGAAUUCGUAUACUCCUGACUCGCUCUCUGUUUUGUAUCCAUCUAUAGCUUUACAAUAUCGUGCAUACCUGUUGAUCUUGAUCAAAAUGAAGUGUAUUACUCCUGAAAUUUCGUGGCAUAAUCGCGACCCAGUCCUGAGUGUCGAUGUACAGAGCGGUUUGAAUGAAGAUCUGAAAGGAGAUACGUUUUGGAGAGUGGCGACUGGAGGAGCGGAUUGUCAUGUUUUGAUUUGGCAUUUAACGACAACCAAAUGUGGGAGAGCUAUUGUGAAUUUUGCAGCAGACUUGGAUCGUCAUCAGAGAGCAGUAAAUGUUGUGAGAUUUUCUUUGUCGAGGGAAAUUCUAGCAUCAGGAGAUGAUGAAUCGAUUAUUAUUUUGUGGAAAAUCAAGGAUGGACGAGACUUGUCUCCAUCUUCAAGUGAUACAGAAAAUAAAGAACAGUGGACUUCCUGGAAAGUACUAAAAGGUCACAUCGAAGACAUUUAUGAUAUUAGUUGGUCGCCGGAUUCCAAUUUUUUAAUCUCUGGAUCUGUUGAUAAUACCGCUAUACUAUGGGAUAUCCAGAAAGGUCGUAAAACUGCGAUAUUACAGGACCACAAAGGUUUUGUUCAAGGAGUAUCUUGGGAUCCUUGCAAUCAAUAUGUAUGCACUAUCAGCACAGACAGAUACUGUCGUUUAAUAAGCAUUGCCACGAAAAAGGUUGUUCAGCGCGUUUAUAAGUCUAAAAUCCCAACACCAUCCGAUAGCUCAUUGCAGGGGAAAUUCGUGCGUCUAUUUUACGACGAUACUUUCAAAUCUUUCUUCCGCAGGUUGACCUUCUCGAUAGACGGAUCCCUAAUUUUCGUUCCAUCUGGAAUAAUCGAGUUGCAGGAGACUACAGAGACUAUAUCAAAUGCAGUAAUUGUUUUCUCUAGAAAAAAUAUAAGAGAACCAAUAAUGAUCUUACCUACUUUAAAUGAAUGUACUAUAGCAGUACGAUGUUGCCCUGUCUAUUUUGUAUUGCGACAGGAUAGUCCAGAUGCUUUAAUACCGUUGCCUUAUAGAAUGGUAUUUGCUGUUGCGACGCAGAGUUCUAUAUUACUCUACGAUACGCAGCAGACUUCUCCGAUCGGUGUGGUAUCGCUCAUUCAUUAUGGUAGAUUAAAUGAUCUUUCGUGGUCUAGCGAUGGCAAAAUUUUAAUCACGUCUUCGAGUGAUGGUUACUGUUCCAUAAUACACUUUGAAGAAGGUGAACUAGGGGAAAUUUAUAAGAUGAAAGAAAAUUCUUUACAAGAGAGUACAAUAAUAAAGGAAGCAUCCAAAAAUUCUAGUAAAAAAUCUUUGUACAGUACAAUCAAAGACAAAAAUAAUGUUCCAACAUUCGAUGUGGAUGAUUGUGCGAUGGACAUUGAACUUAUAGAAAGCAACACACUCAACACAAUAACGAAUAAUCGAUCUGAAGAACUUAAUGAACAGAAACCGAACGAAAUUAUUAGUAGCGAAAAUAUUACAUCAAAAAAUAAUUUACAGAUAGACAAGAAAUUGAAUGAAGAAGAAACAGAAGAUAUCAAAUUGGUGUAUAAUGAAGAAAAUAGUAGCGAUGUGAUCAAAAUCAAAACCAGAAAUAGUCCGCCAAAGUCUAAUGCUCUUAUUAUAUGUAACAAAACUCCUAGAAGAGUAAAAUUAAUAACUUUAUCGAGUCCAAAAAGACUCAAGAAAUAAUAGCUUGUAAAAAAUAGACUUCUAAGAUUUAUUAUGUAACUUUUAACUA